GGGUUAAGCGUCCCUUUUCCGUUCUCAACUCGGAAAGAUUUUGAAUCGUUAUUGACUGCCAUCAUGUCGGUUUGCAUAUCAUCGGUCGAUUUUAACGAUGGAACCAAGAUUCCGUCUAUAGGCAUGGGGUGUUGGAUGGGAAUGUUUGGAGGCGGAGAGCGCGUCUAUGAGAUGUGCAAGAAAGCUCUCAAGGCUAGCUAUCGCCAUUUUGAUACGGCAGCUGGAUAUCAGAACGAAGCGGAGGUUGGAAGGGCUAUUCGAGAUUCAGGCAUACCACGAAACGAGAUCUACAUAACUACUAAGCUCCCACAGUCGAUGCACGGCAAUGUCCAAGAAUCCUUAAAAAAAUCUCUUCGCGACCUCAACUGUGACUACAUUGAUCUCUACUUCAUGCAUUGGCCUCAGGCGACAAAGACUGGGCCUAACGGAGAAACGUUCACUUUCAGGCCUGAUGAGCAUCCUACUAUUGUCGAUACCUGGAAGGACAUGGAGAAGCUCCUCGCCACUGGCAAAGUAAAGAGUAUUGGUGUCUCAAACUUUUCUAUCAAAACUCUUGAACAGCUUCUACCUCAAUGCACCGUCAUCCCGGUCACCAAUCAAGUCGAGUGUCAUCCAUGUCUCCCCCAAGAGGAUCUCAAGAAAUAUUGCGAUGAGAAGAAAAUUCCUCUGACUGCAUAUUCUCCGCUAGGACAAGGCCCUUUCCUUUUGAACGACAACACCAUCAAAGCUAUCGCCGAAGAGUUGCACGUCACGGCCGCUCAGGUUCUUCUUAGCUGGGCGGUCCAACGUGGAACAAUCGUGAUCCCAAAGAGUGAAAGCGAAGAAAGGAUGGCCGCGAAUAUCCAACUCGUGAAGUUGUCUGAUGCACAGAUGGGUCGGAUCGACGGAAUUCACUUGCAACCCGGAAUGCACAAGUCGCUGUUAGGUUAUCACCAACCCGACGGCACUGUUUUUGACUGGUCGUACGAGGAACUUGGCUGGAACAUGGUUAAGGGCGGUGUCGUUCCUACGUGAACCGAACUGGUAGCUAGAGCGUCUUGUGUAAAGGGCAGAAAUAAAUGACAGGUUCAUGCUAUGAUAAGCUGAUAUCGCGAUUCCGUAGGAUAUUAGUAGUGAGUAUAGUAAUUGAAGGGUAUGAUGCAUCCCAAAAACAUUUUGGUUUUGGGUAUGUAGUCCUUAUCCGAGGACCCGGUGCUCCACCGGUGUAUCCUUCGAAGUGCA